AUGUCAUCAGCAAUUCCCUUAAAUCAUCCUUAUCAUAAAGAAUUAGAGAUAGCAAUUUUGGCUGUUAAGCGAGCAUCAAAAUUGACUAAAAAAUUAAGUGAUUCUAUCGCAAUUACUCAAAAAUCAGGCACACAAAUUAAAGAUGAUAAGUCACCAGUAACAGUUGGUGAUUAUGCAUCACAAGCAAUUAUUAACCAUGCUAUAAAAUUAAAUUUUCCUAAUGAUGAAAUUGUCGGGGAAGAAGAUGCCGAUAGUUUAAGAGAAGAAUCAGAAGAAUCAAAAAAUCUUAAUUCUAGAAUCUUACAAAUAAUUAAUGAUGUUCAAGAAGAAACAAAUUCAUAUAAUAAUAAAAUUGGUCAAUUGAAUAACUUAAAUCAAAUAUUUGAUAGUAUUGAUUUUGGAACUUCUCAAGGUGGUAAUAAAGGUAGAUUUUGGGCAUUAGAUCCAAUUGAUGGUACUAAAGGAUUCUUAAGAGGUGAUCAAUUUGCUGUUUGUUUAGCACUUAUUGAAGAUGGAAAAGUGGUAUUAGGAGUAAUUGGAUGUCCUAAUUUACCUGAUAUUAUUCUUUCAAAUGAAGAUAUGACUGGAGAAAUUGGAGGAUUAUUUUCUGCCGUUAAAGGUGUAGGAUCAUUUUAUUCAUCUUUAUGGAAUCCUGGUUAUACUCCAUUAGUUGAACAACAACAAAUUCAUAUGACUAAAACAACAUCUCCAGGAGAACUUAAAGUUGUUGAAGGUGUUGAAAAGGGUCAUUCAUCUCAUUCUACUCAAUCUAAGAUUAAAAAAAUUCUUGGAUUUAAUAAUAAUACUGUUGGUAGACAAACGAUUAACUUAGAUUCUCAAGUUAAAUAUUGUGUACUUGCAAAGGGUCAAGCUGAUAUAUAUUUACGUUUACCAGUUAGUGAUAGUUAUCGUGAAAAAAUUUGGGAUCAUGCGGCAGGAAAUAUAUUAAUCUAUGAAAGUGGUGGUCAAGUUGGUGAUAUUAAAGGAACUCCUUUAGAUUUUGGAAAAGGUCGUUAUUUACAAUCUCAAGGUGUACUUGCAGGUAAUUCUGAAAUAUUUCCUACUGUAGUAAAUGCUGUUCAAGAGACACUUAAAGAAUUAGAAAAUGAAUAA